CUAAUAAUUUAUUUAUCAUUUUUAAUAAUUUUUCCCUUCAUAAUUUUUUUUAGUAAUUUUUCCAUUUCUUUAUAAUUCCUCAAAUGGAAGAAGUUGAGGAUGAAGAAACUAAGUCACUUUUAACCGACGAACAAAUUAACGAAUUCCAAGAUGCCUUUGAUCUUUUUGAUAGAGACGAUGAUGCAACUAUUACCGUUAAAGAAUUUUGUACGAUAAUGAGAGUGUUUGGGCAGACUCAGUACGAAAUUGAGCUGGAGGAAAUGUUUCGUGCUGCCGAUGUUGGUGAAAAAGGAACGAUCAAUUUUGGAGAGUUUUUAGGAAUAAUGAAACAACAUUACGUAGAAGAUAAAACGUCAGAAGGAAUUAAUGAAGCUUUUAGAGCGUUUGAUCCGCUUAGGAAAGGCAUUAUUCCUGCAGAUGACUUAAGAGAGUACAUGAUGGCUUAUGGAGACCACCUAACUGAAGAAGAAGCAAGUGCGUUUAUUAAAGCAGCGGAUUCGAAUAAAGAUGGCCAAAUUAUGUAUGAAUACUUCGUUAGCAAAAUGGCUUCCAAACUAGAGAAGCCCGACAAAUAUCAGCCAAAGUUCGCAAAAUCUAAAAGUAAAACUAAUAAUAAUAUUAAUAAAAAAAAUAAUUCAUCCAAAAAUAUUCAGAAACGAUAAUAUAUACAGGGUGACAUAACUACUGGAAUAUAGAUUAGGACAAAUAUGGUUUAAUAAAAUUUUCCAAUGUAAAA